GAUGACGCAGUAACCGUGCAUCCUGGAACUCGUGCCUUCAAUUGGAAACAGCCUGAAAUUAUUUAGUCCUAGUUUUUGUGGACAUUGGUUGCCGUGAGUUAUAAUUAUGAGUAAAUAAGCCGUAAAGGUUUUGUUUAAAGUACCGCUGAUAUUUUAAAGUAGAAAAGUCGGCUCGUAAGUGGUAGUUUGAUCAGGAAUGACCUAUACAGGAUGUGGCCAGUUUGUAUAGAAAAUAAUACUUUAACAUUUCUAUUUUAAAACAUAGAUAAAGGAUCACUGCUGCUUCACCUACAUGUGAAUAUUUGAAGAGUUACACAUUCAAGAAUGGGUUCUACCUUGUUAUUAAAAUUCAGAAUUUGUUUUAUAUCACCACAACUAACUUCCACUGCACGCUUUCUAUGCACAAGAGAUAUUAAGCCAAACCUGGAAGGCAGACAGAUAGACAGAAAGAACAGUGGACAAACUAGAAUAGCAAACAGAACUAUCAGACAUGGUACAGAGGAUGUAAACACUAAGAAAUCCAGCAUGCUGCUGCAGACCUCUUUUCCCAAAUCUGUUUUUGCUGCCGGGACAGCAAAGAGGACAGCAGAACUGAUGAAGAGGAAGGCACCAGCAGUCUUUGAGGAAGAGGAACAACAUGAAGAGGAGCAGGAACGCAUGACGGGAAAGUAUCAGCCUCCUGAACGGCCUCUGCUUCCUGCUGAGUGGAAAGACCUGAGGGAAUCUCUGGGAAACCGGGAACGUUUUGAAAUCCAGAUGAUGAACACCUUAUUCACUUGUGGAUCAGAGCUGAACAUAGCAAAGUCCUUGCUGACUUUUGUGGCGAUGGAAAAGGGCACGCUGUCCUAUGAGCUGCUGCUACGCUACCUGACACUGUGUGUGAAAGGCGGACACGACGAUGAGGUGUUUGACAUCUACAGAAUCAUGCGUGGAAGUUUCCCUUCACUCGACACAGGGGCUUCCUCCCUUUUUAUUAAAUCCUUUGGCCGUACUGCGAGGUGGAGGGAAGCAGUUGAGAUCCUGCAGGAGAUCAAGCAGGUUUUUACACCAUCACCACGUAACUAUAGUGACGUUAUUGCAGCAGCAGUUCAUCACAGAGAUGCAACUACUGCCUGGGGUUUAUACGAUGAGCUUAUUGAAAAGGGACUGAGUCCUCAUCAGGAGACCUGGGAUGCACUUUUUACAGGCGUGAAAGAGAGUGAGAGGGAAAAAGAAAUGGGAGCCAUGACUGAGUCAGAGCAGCAUGAGAGGCUGCUGGGAGUUCUGGUGUACAUGAGGAACAACCAGAUCUAUCCCCAGCAGAACGUUGCAAACACCAUAAAGAGCUGGUUUGAGAGUCUCAAUGGACAGAAAUGGACUGCAGCCUGGAGCACUGCUACCCCAAAAGGUGUGUGUAGGUGUUGUGGGUCAGAGCUGGAGUCUAUAAAACUGAGUGCUGAGGAGUAUCAGGAGCUGAAGGACAGAGUCAUGACCGAUGUCAUUCAGGGGCGAGAUGUAUUCAACAAGACCACUCCUGAGGAGUUGGAGAGCUUUAAAGCGUUUGUGAAGAGGAAGCCAGCUUUUGAUGUGGUCAUAGACGGGCUGAAUGUUGCAAACAUCAACAAAGAUAAAACCAAGCUGUCAGAGACGCUGUUGGCAGUGGUGUUGGAGCUUGAGCGUCAGGCCCUCAACAUCCUGGUGCUGGGGAGGAAACACAUGUUGAGGCCCUCCAAAUCCUGGGACAGACACAACAUGAUCCUCAUCCAGCAGAAAGCGCAUUGCUUCUUUACUGAAAACAUAUCUGAGGACGACCCGUUCCUGCUGUAUGCCACUUUGCAUUCUGGGAACCAUUGUCGGUUCGUGAGCAGGGACCUGAUGAGGGACCACAAGGCCUGCCUGCCAGAUGGGGUAACUAGGCGGCUCUUCUUCAAGUGGCAGAGGGGCCAUCAGCUAGUGGUGGCUGGGUAUGUCGCCGCUGGCAGGAGGGUGAAAUUUCUGAGUAUUCCCUGCUUUGACACCAUUGUCCAGACCACAGGAGAUACCUGGCAUGUUCCCUAUGAUGACACUGGGGACAGAAGCACAUAUGAGGUGCCACAACGGUGGCUGUGUCUCACCAAAAAACACUGAAUAAUUUUUUUAAAGAUAUGUAAAAAAAAUAAAUAAAUAAUAAUGUUUUCAUUUGUAGUCUUGUGAAUAAAACUCUUAAAUCUUG